AUGACUCGCGGUCAUGAUAUGCCCGAGGUACCACGGUCUGAACCGAUCUUCUCGCCAACUCAAGAAAUCCCCUCCUCUCCGCCCUCAAUAGCGUCCGAUGCUGGCUUACGCCGCAAGCCGAAGAAGCCUCCUCCAGUCACGCCUCGUUCCUUUAGACGGUUCUUUACUCCUCGCUCGCUGCAGGAUAGCGGUCUUGGGAAUGCUGUUAGGACUAGUCGCCAGGCCCUAAUGGCCCUCAGCUCUCCGGCAGUCAACCGCCUAGGGCCUGCUUUCACGAGGACAUUGAAGGCUGCGAUGAGCAAACCGGAAACUAUAGAUCUUUUGCGAACACCGAGCAAGAAGCGGAAACUGUCGUUCUCAUCCAUUGGCUCUCCUCUUCAGUCGUCGCCAAUUCGCAAAGUUCGUGUACAGGGCUUAGUUGAGGAUGACGAAGGGGUCGAGGUCCCUGUGAAAGAAAUUGAUGUCGGCGCUGCACUUCGGACGAACCAAGACGGGCCCCCGCCGGCCGCCAAACCUCCGCUCAAGGUCUCUACCGUCGCUCCAGUUCGACGAUCCAAGGCUUUGCCGACCUCUGGGGCAUUGUUCAUGCGCAGUGUCAUGGGAACUCGAGCCAACCGAGUAACCAUGCGGGCAAAUUCCGGCGUUGGCUGGCAAGACUUGACGUCGACAUUCUAUUCGCGACCUGAUGAUAGUUAUGCUUGUACAAGCUCGUCAGGCGAUCGUCUCGCGCUCCCAUUUUGCACUGCAGCAUGCAACACCAAUACACUCGUUGCCGUUGGCGAUGAAGAGGGUGGUAUUCGCCUGCUUGAUUCAGCAAAAGACGAUAAAGUCGGGUUCUCGAAAGCAUAUCUUACAUUUCGCCCGCAUGCUAAUGCCAUCAUGGACCUGGAUUUCUCAUCCGAUGAUAUGCUGCUAGCAACGGCAUCGGGUGACCAGACCGCCAUUGUCAUCGACAUGGCCACUCAGAAGCCUGUGUAUUGCCUGUCUAACCACGUGUCUUCCCUGAAGCAGGUAAAGUUUCAGCCAGCCGCCAACAAUAAAGUUCUUGCCACGUGCAGCCGUGAUGGGAAUGUAAACAUUUGGGACCUGCGCUGCAAGGGCUUCGAGAAACCCGCUCUGCAGGUUCAGUGCUCUCUUGAAUCCGAAUCAGAAUUCGACCCUGCCAUAUCCUCUAAAAUGACCUACCCGCAAGUUCUGAAUACCGUGCACGGCGCCCAUGCGUGGAUGCCGCAAAUAACGACUCCCGAGAAGACUGAACCUCAGGUCGCCCGUUCUGAUAUCACGGUAACUUCACUUGCAUUCCUCCCGCCUGGCCGCGAAAACCUUUUCGUGACCGCAUCUGAAGCCAAUGCCUGCGUGCGGUUGUGGGAUUUACGUACGGCACAUAGCAAUCGCCGUGGCCGCCCUGCUCUUCCCCUUUCGACCACUCGAGAGCCAGAUAGCCAUAUCAAAUACCGUCGGUUUGGCGUUACCUCUAUGGCGCUGGGUGGCGACGGUUCACGACUAUACUCCCUAUGCCGGGACGGGACAGUAUACGCCUAUUCCACUUCCCACCUGGUCCUUGGCCAUGCUCCUGAGCUCUCCUUGAACAAUGACCGCCCACGACGUUCGGGUGGGUCUGACAAAGACGGCCUCGGACCUCUGUAUGGGUUCCGUCACCCGCGCUUACGGGUAGCUUCAUUCUACGUCAAAAUCGGCGUUCGCAAGGCUGCUGGUGACAAGCCCGAGAUGCUGGCGGUUGGCAGCGGCGAACCUUGUGCUGUAAUAUUUCCCACAGACGAAAACUUUCUCGACCCUUCGACCCAACGGCAGGCUGCUCAACCUGACCAAACCCCAACAACGCCGUCAUUCUCCACCCGUUCUGGUUUGCGCCGUACCAACUCAAGCAUAGGGCUGUCACAACGCCUGGAAGACACAAUCCCGAUUUACCCAACAGGAACACCUCUGAUUGAAGGCCACAAGAAAGAAGUCUCCGCAGUAUCAUGGACUGUUGAUGGCGAACUAAUCACAGUCAGCGACGAUUACAGCGCUAGAUGCUGGCGCGAGGGCUCUGAAGCAAGAGACCUGCGCGCAGGUGGAGAGACCGAAGGCCGUAGAUGGCGAUGCGGCUGGGCUGAUACGAAAGACUCUUAUGAAGACGAAGACGAAUGA